AUGACAUCAAAAAUCCCAGAAUUUCGCCUCAUGUGCCAGGACUCUGCCUUCAUAACCGCUUUCGAUGAAGCCCUGAGCAACCUCUGGCCCGACUACGCACCGAACAAAAUCAAAAUCACCAGUUUCAACGAGCGCCUAAACAGCCUCCCACCUUCCAUAAAAUUCGACCUGGUCGUCUCCCCGGCAAACUCUUAUGGCCGUCUAGACGGCGGUUUUGACCACGCUAUUUCGAGGACAUUCAGCCCGCAAGAUGAUUACCACGCCAUAACCCGCGCGGCACAGCUAGUCCUCUACGACAAGUGGAGAGGCUUUGCCCCACCCGGUACAUGCACCUUAGUUGAGUUCCCAGAGAACCUGAAGAAUAACGAUCGGGGCUGCAAAUGGGUAGCGCUGUGUCCGACGAUGCGAGAACCAGAGAAUGCUAAUUGGAACCGCGAGGUGGUGUAUGAGUGUGUCUGGAGCCUGCUGUGCCAAGUGGAGGGUUACAAUCGCAGAUCCUCAGAACAGAUUCGAACGGUUCUUAUGGCGCCGUUAGCAGCCGGUAUCGGGAAAGUGAGUAAGGAGCGCUGGGCGGCUCAGACUGUUACGGCGAUGAGGCAUUUUGUUGAAGCGGUUGAGAGGCCUGAAAAAUGGAGUUCUUUGCAGUGGGAUAGUAUUGAGAAGAUUUGUGAUGAAGUUUCUGAGACUUGGAAGGAUAAUUAG